GGAGGUAUUUCGGUUAUUUAAAGUCUGACAAAAAACAGAGUAGCGUGCACUGUAAACUGUGCAGAAAGCAUGUUCCCACAAAGUCUGGAAAUACCACCAACAUGUUUUAUCACCUGAAGCAGUGCCACCCACUAGAGCACGCUCAAUCUCUAACUGAAAUGAGUGCUCAUUCUAUAUCAAAAACAACCAGAGGAUCGCCUGCCCAGCAGCAACAAUCCAUACAGUCGGCUUUCUCCAGCGUUACUCCAUAUGACAAAAAAACGAAGAGACAUAGCGACAUUACGAACGCAAUAGCUUACUGUCUUGCUAAAGACAUGCUACCAAUCAACACAGUAGAAAACCAGGGAUUCAGGCAGCUAAUUAAAGUAAUUGAUCCUCGUUACCAACUCCCUGGGCGUAAACACUUCUCUCAGACAGCACUUCCGAAGCUUUACUCGCAGUGUCGAGAGAUAGUUGAGAAGGAGCUGCAAAGUGUGUCGUACUUCGCCACCACAUCCGACAUGUGGUCAAGUCGCACGUCUGAGCCCUACCUUAGCCUCACUGCCCACUACAUCGACCAAGACUGGAAUUUGAAAAGCAAAUGUCUUCAAACUUCCUACUUUCCUGACGACCAUACAGGUGAAGUUAUUGCUCUAGGUCUGUCAGAAGCGCUUGCAUCCUGGGGACUGAGUGAAGAAAAACAAGUCUGCAUCACAACAGACAGUGGGACAAAUAUUGUGAAAGCAGCAUCCCUUAACAACUGGACCCGGCUGCAGUGCUUUGGACAUCGACUUCACUCAGCUGUUGAGAAAGCCGGAAAAGACAAGAGGGUGGAGCGAGCUGUGGGUGUGUGUAAGAAAGCAGUGGCUGCCUUCAGUUUCUCGUGGAAGAAGAAGAGAGACUUGGCUGUUGCUCAGGAAGAACUUCACCUACCCCAGCACAAGUUGGUGACAGAGUCACCCACCAGGUGGGGUUCACGCCAAAAAAUGGUUGAGAGGAUGCUGGAGCAACAAAAAGCCAUCUCUCAGGUCCUCGGUGCAGAUAAGAAGACCAGGCAUCUGGUUCCCUCCUGGCAAGAUAUAGAUGUGCUAGAGUCUGUGCAUGGGGCCCUGAAUCCACUACUGGAAUUCACAGAUUCACUUUCUGGAGAAUGCUACGUCAGCGUGUCAUACGUCAAGCCGAUGCUUCAUCUUUUCAGAACACAGAUUCUGAAACCAUCUGAAGAGGAAAUGCAGCUCACAAAGGACAUUAAGAUGGCAGUCAUGGCAUACCUUGAUGAAAAGUAUGGUGAGCAGAUUACUGAUGAUCUGCUUGAUGUUGCAACCUUGGUAGAUCCACGCUUCAAGGUAAAAUACAUUAAUGCAGAAAAGGUUGAUGCCAUCAAAAUGAGAGCUGUGUCUGAGAUGUUUGAGCAAAAUGAGGACCCGUCCACUUCAACCAGAGCAGAGGAGCCAGAAAAAGAGGGAGGAGCUGCUGCUGUGCUACCAACCCAGAAGAAAAAGAGAAAGUCAUUGGGGAGUUUCUUCAAGAAAUCACACCCCACCAGCACCGGACUCACUGACAGAGAAGUAGUUGAAAAGGAGCUUGAAAAUUACUUGCUUGUAGCACCAGAUGCAGACAGUGAAAUGGACCCACUGCAGUGGUGGAAAGUCCACGAAAAAACCUUCCCAAGACUUAGCUGCCUGGCAAAGCGCUACUUGUGCAUCCCUGCGACCAGCACCCCCUCUGAGAGGGUGUUUAGCACAGGGGGUAAUAUUGUGACCUGCCACAGGGCAGCUUUAAAACCUGAAGCAGUUGACCGACUUGUCUUCCUGGCCCGCAACUUGUAAGCUCUUGUCUGACUUCAAACAUUGAAAGCACUAAAUGGGAUUUGUUAUGCCCACCUCCCCCCAUUUACUGCCCAACAGCAUAAGAUGACAACAUUUGAGUUAGGUCUAUUUUGUUUAUGUUGCCUUUAAAAGCUGCUUCAAUGUGCACUCACUGCAGAUUUAAAUAAGAAUGUUUUUGUUUUUAUUCCAUUUUAUGUUCAGUCCUUGUUUGUUUGUUUUUUUUUUUUUUUUUUUUUUUUAAAGCUUUAACUUAAAACAUUGAGAGAGAUUCAUUUUCUGUAGUUUGUCAUAUUUGAUAGACAAGUGUUUAUGUCCAUUUUGUGUCUCAUCCCCUGUUAUACUUAGUUGAAAAGCCCUUAGAUUUUUAUUUUCUCUAAUUUAUUGCCUUAGAGCAUCAGAUUGUUGCAUUUUAUUUAAUUGUCUUUGGAGGCUGCUUUAAUUUGCACUAAGGGUUUCAACAAAUCUUUAUUUUAUUUUCUUUUAUUUUGUAUUUAAAAAAAACAACCCAACAGACUUCUGUAUAUAAGGACAAGGAAAGAUUCUGAGAAUUUAAUUUUAAUUUCUAUCUUAUUCAUUUGAUAUUGACAAAUGCUUGUCCAUUUUAUGUCUGUUCUCCUUUCGAACUUGAAAACGUUAAUCUAUUUUUUAGAAUUAAUAUUUGUUUUUAAAUGGAGUAGACCAAACACUUUAGUGGUCUGUUUUGUUAUUGUUCUCUUUUGAAGCUUGAAAGCUUCUGCCUUGACUUUUAGUUUGUAAUAUGUACCUUUUUUUUAAGUUAUUUUAAACAGUUGCAUUAGGUUCCUUCAGUACAUCUGUCAUGCUGUACCUAUUGUAGGAAAUAAAUAUUUAAAUCAAAACAAUCCUCUCACUUUUGAUGAUUUCACAUCUCAGUUAUGAGCAACAGAUUAUUUAAAUUUGACAAAUAGUGAUUUGAGUUUUAUAUCGUGAUAUAUAUCGAUAUCGCCUAAAAUGAAAAUAAAUAUCGUGAUAUGAAAAAAUCGUAUAUCGCCCAG